AUGGCGGUAGAUCGAGAUCGCGAUGUCUCUUCAGUCCACAGUACCAUGAACAAUGUGCCGUCCAAUGUUUCUACCCCGGCGAUCAGCGACCACGUUCACGAUAUCGAAAAAGGCAAGCCGAUAGAGGAUAAAGAUAUGGAGGUGCACAAUGUGAGCGCUGGGGGUACCCUGGAGAAAUCCGAUGUGCCUGCUGCGGGACCUCCUGGUCCUGGUCCACCACCAGAUGGAGGACUGCAAGCUUGGUUGACAGUGUUGGGAGGUUUCUGCGGCCUGUUUGUUAGUUUCGGAUGGAUUAACUGUAUCGGUGUGUUCCAAACAUACUAUGAGACCCACCAGCUCAGCGGCAUGUCCCCGAGUACAGUGGCCUGGAUCACCUCCCUCGAGACCUUUGUGAUGUUCUUUGCUGGCCCGGUCUUUGGAUCUCUGUUCGAUAACUUUGGACCACGCUGGAUUCUGCUCGGUGGCACCUUUCUCCACGUCUUCGGUCUCAUGAUGACAUCUCUUUCCACCGAAUAUUAUCAGUUCAUCCUCGCACAAGGAAUCUGCAGUCCACUCGGCGCAAGUGCCAUCUUCAAUGCCUGUGUGAACUCCGUCAGCACCUGGUUUGGAAAACGUCGCGCUUUCGCGCUGGGUAUCAUGGCGUCGGGCUCAAGUCUGGGAGGAGUAAUUUUCCCCAUUAUGGUAUCUCAUCUGAUCCCCCAGGUCGAUUUCCCAUGGGCCAUGAGAAUCUGCGCAUUCUUGAUUCUUUUCAUGCUUGGAAUUGCCAACCUGACGCUGAAAUCACGAUUGUCGCACAAGAGGAAGCCGGUCAAUCUGUUGGACUUUGUGCGUCCCCUCAAGGAGCUGAAAUUCGUGGUGACAGUUGCUGGAUGCUUUUGCUUCUUCUGGGGCAUGUUUUUGCCUUUCACUUUUGUGAUCACCCAGGCUGAACGCUAUGGGAUGUCAUCGAAUUUGUCGCAGUACCUCAUCCCAAUCUUGAAUGCGGCGAGUAUCUUCGGUCGUACUCUUCCGGGUUACUUAGCGGAUCGACUGGGGCGAUACAACGUGAUGAUCGUCUUCAGUUACCUUUCUGGUAUUCUGGUCUUGGCCUUGUGGCUUCCGUCCCGGAGUAAUGCCCCCGCGAUAGUGUUCAGUGCGCUGUAUGGAUUCGGCUCCGGUGCCUUUGUGUCGCUCGCGCCAGCACUUAUCGCCCAGAUCUCGGAUUUGCGAGAGGUAGGGAUCCGCAACGGCACUUGCUUCUCGAUCAUUUCGUUUGCGGCUCUCACGGGUACACCUAUCGGCGGUGCGUUGGUUCCAAACGUACUAAAGGAUUCUUACACGAGGUUGCAAAUUUUCGCAGGUGUGGUCAUGGUAGCUGGAGCAACACUGUUUCUCGCUGCCAGGAUCAUCGUUGGAGGAACGAAAUUGAAUAAGGUAUGA